AUGCUUAGAACAUCACCACAACCCAAAGAGACAUUCCCUCUCGGUCCUUUUACUGUUCCCCGAGUAUGGGUAGGUCUUUGGCAGUUGUCAAGUAAUGCUUGGGGAAGCGCUUCGGCAGCGAAGAUUCGUCAAGCAAUGGCUAGGCACAUCGAAAGAGGUUAUAAUGCCUUCGCCGAUCAUUAUGGAAGCGCGGAAAUACUCUACGGGCAAUUCAAAGAAUCGUUACCCAGCCCGGCAGAAGUUGUCGGGGCCACAAAAUGGUGUGUAUUCCGACAAACAGAAUUGUCGCGUUCUGUGGUGGAAAACGCGGUUCGGGAGCGUAUGACACGCAUGCGCACUACCACUGUGGACUUGUUGCAGUUUCACUGGCAAGAUUACUCCGAUAAGGGAUAUCUCACCGCCCUCCAGAUUCUUCAAGACCUCCAGAAUGAAGGGCUCAUCAGCGCGGUCGGCCUGUGCAAUUUUGAUGCCAUACGAACAGAUGAAAUAUGUACACAAUUAGGGCCUGGUUUCAUCGUUUCAAAUCAAGUUCAGUUCUCUUUGAUUGACACUCGACCCCUGCACGGCAUGGCCGAUGUAUGUGAACGGCACAACGUGAAAUUAUUAACAUACGGCACACUUUGCGGUGGAUUUCUAGCAGACCAGUGGCUAAAUCAACCGGAACCAGACCUGUAUUCCGGUGUUUUGACGCCAUCUCAGCGCAAGUAUCUCGACAUGAUUUUGAAGGCCUGGGGGAACUGGGCACUAUUCCAGUCCCUUUUGGCAGUGCUGCGUGAUAUCGGUGAUCGUUAUGGGGGGCUAAGCAUUGCAAACAUAGCCACACGAUGGGUCCUUGAUCACUCUUUUGUCGGAGCUGUAAUCAUUGGCGCCCGUUUGGGAGUUUCCGAGCACACUGAUGAUAACGAUCGUGUUUUUGGUUUCAGCUUGACUGACGAGGACAAUCGUGCCAUUGAAGCAGUACAAGCUCGGUCCAAUGGUCGCCGGAUGAUCACCUUGAUAGGCGACUGUGGGGCCGAAUACCGUUGA